AUGGGUGUUCUUAGCUAUUUCAAGAUCUCAAAGCCUGAGAAGUCUGAAUCAAGCAAAGAGAAAGCUCCAGCUGACCCAAAUUCUGUCAUUCAAAAUGAUUCUCCCCGUCAUGGCUAUUCAGACCCAUCACCUACUGCAUCGAGCAGGCAAAGCUUGUAUAGCAACAAUCGUUUAGAUGAUAUCAGACAUCAAGUUAUUCUUAACUAUCUUUGGCAGAAGCAAAGAGGUCUGAUGUGGAUUAUGGAUGAUUCAGGUCAGCAUGAGGGUGUCAUGGUACGCAAAGAUAGGACAGAAUAUCUCUGUCGUCCUCCAGCACUAGCUAGCUCCACCUUUGGUAGGGCGAUGAAGAUCAUGAACGUUUCUGCUGCUAUGACCAUCAACUCCACCGUCGUUCAACCAUUUCUGACAAGAUCGCCCGACGCUCUUGAUGUCCCUCUUACCAAUGGUCUUCGAGUUCAAAUUCUACCAACACUUGAAGAUCUUCCCCGUGCUCGCAGAGCUCACUAUGCUGCUUUCAUUGCUAGAGAAGCUCUUCUCGUUGUUUGGGAAGAUGAUCCAACACUACUGUUUGAUAGAGCCAAAGCAAUCGAAGACGGUCUACUGCAGACUAUCUGGAAUGCAACAGAACAUGAAAAGAAUGAAACACAACCUCGAACUCAAGUCCGCGAGCUUGACGAAGAGUCAGGGCAGUCUAUCGUUGAAGAGAGACCGACCAUGUACCUCAAUUCAUUCAUGGUCUCUUGUUCAAUCUGCCUUCUGGUUUGUAUCAUGGGUUUAGGAUACGCUCAGCUGGCAAUAGAAGUCGUAGUAUUGAAGCAUUGGAUAUCUCUUUGCUACCUGAUUGUCACUCCAAUUUAUUGCUUCUUUUCCUUGUUCUUCACAAACGUUGUAAUCGGAGUUCUCAUGCAGUGCUUCGGUCCAAUUCAGCAACUGAAUAAGAACACCAAGUUCUUCUCUGCGAAAGCACCUCCUCGUCUUCUAACCACCACACUACCACAUGUCACCAUUCAAUGUCCUGUGUAUAAGGAAGGCUUGGCUGCCGUCAUUGCUCCAACAGUCUCCUCAAUCAAAAAAGCAAUUUCUACCUACGAAUUGCAAGGAGGCUCUGCAAAUAUAUUUAUCAACGACGACGGUCUUCAACUUCUUGAUGAAGCUACUCGACAACAAAGAAUUGACUUUUACGCUGAUCAUGGUAUUGGCUGGACAGCCCGUCCUCCCAACGGUCAAAAUGGAUACGAACGUAAAGGAAAAUUCAAGAAGGCCUCAAACAUGAACUACGGACUUGCCUUAUCCAAUUCCAUUGAAGAGAAACUUCAAGAUAUUGAAAGACCAGCUACCUGGACUCAGGUUGAUGAGGUUGCAGCUUUUGAAUCUUGCAUGUCGGACGUUCUUGAUGAGAACCCUGAAGCAUGGGCUGAAGGCAAUAUCAGAAUUGGUGACUACAUUCUGCUCAUUGACUCCGAUACCCAGGUUCCAGAAGAUUGCUUGCUUGAUGCUGCUAGCGAAAUGGAACAAUCUCCAGACGUCGGCAUCAUUCAAUUCUCUUCUGCUGUCAUGCAAGUAUCGCACAACUUUUUCGAAAAUGGCAUUACUUUCUUCACAAAUCUCAUCUACUCUGCUAUUCGUUACGGUGUUGCCAAUGGUGGCGUAGCAGCUUUUGUAGGCCACAAUGCAAUCCUCCGAUGGUCUGCUAUCCAAGAGAUUGCUUUCGAGGAUGAAGAAGGUCAUGAACGAUUCUGGUCUGAGUCCUGUGUCUCUGAGGACUUUGACAUGGCUCUACGAUUACAACUUAAGCACUAUACCAUCCGCAUGGCCGCCUGGGCUGGUGAUGGAUUCAAAGAAGGUGUAUCUCUCACUGUUUACGAUGAAUUGACACGCUGGCAAAAAUAUGCUUAUGGAUGCAACGAGCUUAUGUUCAACCCUAUCAGAACAUGGUUAUGGAAGUCUCCGUUCACACCUCUCUUCCGUAAAUUCAUCUGUUCCAGUAUCGACAUUGGCUCAAAAGUUCAAAUCGUUGCGUACAUCGGUACAUACUAUGCAUUGGGUAGUGCAUGGUUAAUUUGUCUUGCAAAUUACGUAUUCGUUGGUCUUUGGAAUGGAUAUCUCGAUCGUGCUUAUGUCGAUUCAUGGCAAAAUUGGCUCGCAAUCACUGUGGUGUUUACUGGCGCGGGUAAUGUCGGUCUUGCCGUACAACGUCAUCGUUCUGGUGAAAAAUCCUUCCUUCCUGCUAUCCUUGAAAACUUAAAAUGGUGUUUCAUGUUCAUGAUAUUCUUCGGUGGUGUAUCCCUUCACAUGUCCCAAGCGCUUCUCUGCCACAUGUUUGAGAUCAACAUGACAUGGGGUGCCACGUCAAAAGAAGUUGAAUUUUCCAAUUUCUUCCUCGAAGUCCCCAAGAUUCUCAAGACCUUCAAGUACACAUACUUAAUGUGUAUAUUCGGUAUCGUGUUGAUGGUCAUCAUGGCAAAAGCUCCUUUCUUACCCUGGAGUUACAACAUCGAUGAGUUCAUUGCGAUCUUUCCUCUGGGGGUCAUGGUUGCUAGUCAUUUACUUCUGCCAGUGGCGCUGAACCCGGAAAUGAUGACAUUUAGUUGGUAG